AAACAGCCCCGUGUUUAGACUUUAGACCGGUCUGGCGAGCAAGAACGAAGAGCAGACAGGAUCGUUUUUUUCUUUCUUUCGUCCUCCCUCUCUCGAAGAUUUGAACCCUCUCGAUCUCUCCUCUUCCUACUCUCGGGGUCCCAAACCCCAAAGGAGAUUCUCUUUUUAAUCGCAAAAGGGCUCGGAAAUGGAUCACCAGUACAGCGGGGGAAGCUGGAUGAUGGUCCCGAGCCAAGGCUCCAUGGCCCAAGAUCUCCGCUCUCUCCAACCCCAAUACGCCCAACAGCAGCCGCAGCAGCAGCAGCAGAGCCAUCACCACCCCUCGCUGGCCUCGCACUUCCAUCUUCUUCACUUAGUGGAAAGGUUAGCAGAUGCAAUUGAAAGUGGAACUCGCAAUCAACAUUUUGAUGCACUGGUUAGCGAAUUGACUGCCCAAUUUGAAAGAUGCCAGCAAUUGUUAAACUCUAUUUCAGAUACUAUGAAUACAAAGGGUGUGACAGUUGAAGGACAAAAGCGUAAAUCUGAGGAAACUAUGCAACAGCUGAACCAAAGGAGCAGGGACCUGAUCGCUAAAUAUAGGAGUUCUGUGGAAGAGCUGGUUAAGUCAGAUAAUGACAGAUAAUUUUAAUUCAUUUGUUAUCUUUGCUACCACCAGCCAGGAAACUUGUAACUAUUCCUUGUAAAUCUUGAUUUCUUGAGUUCUCAUUAGGAAACGGCCAUCUGAAAGCGAUCUCAUGACUUAUUUCUUAGUGGCUAGUUUCUAUGGACUUAAGUUAUUUGAUUAUAUGAGCUUUUGAUCCCCUCCCCCUGUUUAUCCUAAGCCUGCCAUCAAGUAGAAGUAUCAAAUAUCUUUUUCUAAGAGAGGGAAGGAAGGAGCGUUUUUUUUUUUUUUUUUGCAAUACAUCUGGUGGACGUGAUCCUUUCUCUCCCAUUUGAUAAUCCUGAGGAUUACAGCUUGGCCAAUUUGUUUGGCAUUCUUCUA